UAGAUACACGUAGGGAGAUGGCGGAAGCUGCAGCAAAAACUGUGUUGGACAAGAUUAGCCAGGGACAUCUGGAAUGUCCGAUCUGUUGCUGCCGUUUCAAGGAUCCCAAGAUGUUGGACUGUCUUCACAGCUUCUGCCUGAACUGUCUGGAAGAGAUGAUGAGCAAACAGAAGUCAGAGACAGAGAAGAUAACAUGCCCAGUCUGCAGGAGUGAGACGCAGGUUCCCGAUAAAGGAUUGCUCAAUUUAUCUUCGUCUUUCUUUCUUAGUUCUCUUGUCGAUGAGGUCAAACAACAGGAGACGCUAUUAGGGAAAGUAUCGAGACCUACCGCCACGUGUGACUGCGGAGAUGACCAGAAGGCCACUUGGAGGUGUCUUGACUGUGGUGAUAACCUCUGCCAGAAAUGCCGCCAAGCCCAUGGGAGGGUAAAGUACACCAAAGACCAUCAGAUCAUUUCAUUAGAAGAUUGGCGCAAAUCAAAUAUCCCUACUUUAGGUAAAGAUCAUGGCAAGCCAAUCUCCCGAAUGUGUACGAACCACACUGAAUAUGAUUUAUGUUUCUAUUGUGACACCUGUGAUACCUUCAUCUGCGCUAUGUGCGCCGCAACAGAUCAUCGGUCUGCAGAGCACAAUUACAAAAAGAUUAAUGAAUCUUUAAGAUCCUUCCGUAUGGAAGUCGACGACAUUUUGAAGGAGUUUGAGAUGUCCAAGAACUACUCCAGAUCCACUGAAAAGUCAAUCGAACAUGCACGAAAUAGAUUGCAAAACAAACUGGCUCAGGUUCGUAGUGAUAUUUCUGCAAAGGCGGAGGCAGAGAUCGCUAAGAUCCGAAACAAAGCAAAGCUUCUCACCAAAAAGGUCGACGAAAUCGGUCAGGAGAGAGACAGAGAGUACGAAAAGGCGCUCAUGCACAACCGUGACCAGACGGAACGCGCAGAUCAGAUCGUCACGGCAGUAAAAGACUUGAUGAGACAAGCCGAUAGUUUCGAGCUAUUGGAGCUCAAGCCGAAGGUGAUGAGCAACUUGGAAUUCCAGAAGGAGCUCAAAUGUGAACCGGUAAAGCUGGACAUCAUCGGGGUCAAAUGUCACGAUGUCGUUAGUGAUACCGAUCUUGGGGAAAUAUUGCUCAAAGAGAAGUGGCAGUUGAAGAAAGAGUUCGGCAAGGAAGGCACCGGUCACGGGGGAUUCAAAAUGACAAGAGGCGUUGCAUGUUUCAGCAACGGUGACAUCGUAGUAUGUGACACAGACCUGAAACGGGUGUCGUUGUUUGCCAGCAAUGGACGGUAUAAAACAUUGAUUGCUCAGGGAGCAGGUAUCAAUCAGUUGGAAUGUCCUUUUGGUGUUGCAGUGAACCGUGAAGAUCUGCUUUUCGUCACGGACAAACAGAAAGUGAAGGUUUUUGACACUGAGCUAAAGUUUGUUCGCGAGUUUACACUUUUGGUUGACGAUGCAGAGGGGCUAGCAGAGAGUGACCUCAGUGGUAUUGCUGUGGACAAGCAACGAGUAGCAGUGGCCGAUUGGGGGAGAAAGGCCUUCAGUGUCCACAACUCGGACGGAUUAUUGAUUGGAUGUACAUCAAACAUCAUGAUUCGGUUUUACAUAGCAAUGAGCAACACAGAGCGGCUUGUCGUCCCAAACUAUGUGGAGAAGAGGCUGCUGUGCGUUGACUUUAAGGGCAAUGAGGUGUUCAACGUAACGCCAUUACUGAACGGAAAACCAGCGAGACCGACUGGUGUCCUGUGCGAUGAUGAUGGGAGCAUCUAUGUCGCUCUUCACUCUGGGUUCGGUGUCAACGAAGUGCAACACUAUGACUCGAAAGGUGCAUUCAUCGCAACAGUUGCUAAAGGGUUGUACAGCCCUCGUGGAAUGGCAUUUACUCCCGCUGGUGAUGUCAUUGUUGCAGACGGUCACUCUGUCAAGAUCUUUCAGAGGAUAUAA